AUGCUUUGGACGGAACCUGCCGGCCAGAUGAACCCUGGAAAGACCCGCAACUCAACCCACUUCAGUACUGUGCAAUAUGGUGAGACGGCUUUUAGUGAAAUACGCCGUUUCGUCGUUGUCCGUAACAAGGGCGAAUUCAGUCAGUGCAUCCCUAUACAAACGUAUAGAGGUCGCGGCGCCGCGAAACCCGGUGUGAGGAUGGGUGAUCACGGCAUCAUUCAUACUACGGUAGCCGCACCUAAUCAACUUCCAGGAGAGGCUUUAACAAAAUAUUCCAUCCAAGUCCAAUCCACGGAAGGAGAAUACCUUGAGCUGGAGAGUCGCGUCAAUUACGGCAAGGCAUACGCUGUUGAGCACAACGUCAAGGUGCUUGACGUAGGGAUGGUGAUACAAGAUCACCGCUAUCUCAUUAAAGAAUACUUUGAUGCUGCGAUGCAGGCAGAAUGA